GUGGUCGCUUCACUGUGACGUAGGUGUUGCGCGUUUGUGAACGGAACACAGCGAGGCUAGGGUCAUGCUGGCUCAAUGUCACCAAAGCAAGUACUGUAUCAGGAGUAAGGAAGCAUGGACUGAACUAGCUGAUACUGUUGCGUUAGAUCAGGUUUGAAAGCCAGGCGUCAUGUCUGCCCACAGUUCCAGACUCCUGGUCUUUGCAGUUACGACUGUCCGCUGUCAGUCAUGUGGAGCCCAGCCCCUGAGACUCGCACCUUUGGCCAGAGCCUAUUCCAUCGACAGCCCCACCCUGACCGGGGGCUCACAGAAACCGCAGGCUAUUCAGAAACUGGAGAAGCUUUCAAACAGCCACAGCUUAACCCAUAGGAACCUGUCAGCAGUGGCUAGUUCUUUAAAGGGGCAAUGCAGACCCUUGUCAAGGUUUGACUUCCUGGAUGUCGGGGCGGUAGAAGAGAACAUUAAGAAAGCCCUAACCUGCCGCGUCCUUCGGAGGUUCAUCGUCAAUCCAGACAUUGCCAGUCUGAUUGCUGAUCACCUGGACAGUGACCUGUCAGAAAACAGAGCUGUAAUAUUUGAAUGUAACCCUGGCCCUGGAGUUCUCACACGAACACUGCUUAACGCCGGCGCCCAGAGAGUGGUAGCACUAGAAAGUGAGAAGACCUUUCUACCAGACCUGCAGGCAUUAGAGAGCAGUCUGGAUGGCCAGUUGGAAGUUGUGCACUGUGAUUUCUUCAAGCUUGAUCCCAUUGGUAAAGGACCCAUGAAGCCACCUGCCAUGUACACAGAGAAACUCUUCAAUGACCUGGGAAUAACAGAGGUUCCUUGGACUGCAGAUGUUCCUGUGAAAGUCAUUGGGAUUUUCUCCCAGAGAAACGAGAGGAACAUGCUUUGGAAGCUCGUCUAUGCUCUCUACGAGCGCCUCUCUGUGUUCCGAUACGGCAGGGUAGAGCUCGUCAUGUUCAUCAGUGAAAAAGAAUACACGAAACUGACUGCUAAUCCAGGGGACCUGAGGCAGUACCAGGCUCUAGGUGUACUCUGGCAGAUGGCUUGUGACAUACAACUUCUACACAAGGAACCAUGGUCUUCAUUUGUAACGACUUCCAAGCAUGGGGGGCCUGCAAUUCCACGAAGCAUGUUACCUUUUGCUUUCCCUUGUCUUGAGCAGUUCACAAACGAUCAUCUGUGUUUGGUCAGGAUGACCCCACGUAGGGAUCUGUUUACAGACAGCUUGACCACCUCCAAUUCAGCAACACUUGUGAUGAUGAUUAAACAGUGCCUGGCCAAACGUAAAGCUAAACUGGUUGACAGACUAAACUCCUGGAGUCCUGGAAGUGGGCAGAAGCUGCUGAAACAGCUGGAGCUGCCAGAGGACAUUUUCACGGGUCACGUCUAUCCCGAGGAAUACAAGCAACUCUUCCUGGCCAUGGAGCAUUCGGAGGAGUUUCUCCAGAGCUGGCUAUAUGAAGAGAUCCUGGAAAAUACUCAGAACACAGGCUUUCAGUAGAGCACACAGCAAGAACAACGAGGGGCUGAUUCUGUUACCCUGAACCCGCUGGGAUAAAUCACAUUACAGCACUAUAGAAUCACCCUGGAUUGCAUCAGCUAACCUGCUUUCAUUACCCCUAAAGACAAGUGGCUGAUGCAGUUCAGAGGGAUUCUGUAGUGCUGGAAAAUACUGUACAAGUCCAGCUGUGGCUUAUUCCGGUAAACGUGAAGUCAACCACUUGGCAUGGGGCCUUCUCAAGUGUAUUGUUACUUCAAGGGGUAAUGAGCAAUCCCUUUCUAAAAAUCCAAUUCCUAAUGGGGCAAAAAGCUUUACCAGUAGUAAUAAAGGAAGGGAGUUUAUAGGGCCAGAUGUAACAUUAAAGCUAUGCGGUACUUCCAGCUGGGUCAUUGUGACAGUUGGAGGUAGGAAAUAUUUUUGGAAGCCUUGGUUACUUAUACUCUGAAGUUACUGGAGCCGUGUUCCUGUCAUAACUCCCUAUCAUAAACACAGAAACAAUUCUGAUGUAUUUAUCAUAUUAGUAACCCAUCUCCUCCUUUUCAUAUUCCCCUCCCCGUGUAGACCCCAGUUCAUAGCUCUAGACAAGAGCAGAUCAGGUAGUUUGGAAUGAAUGAUCAGUCUUAGUGCUGGUAACUCUGAUUACAUACAAGUGGUGUGUGCCAUGCAGAAGAUGCACUGUUUCAGAUGUUGGUUUACAUAACCUUGGUACACUUUGGGCAGGCUUUUAAUUCUCUAAAUGGCAGGUAUGUUUAGAUCUGCUGCAUUUUCAUAUAAUUAAACUGCCCAUCUUCCUUGCCAUAGCAUGAAGUUUAUUUCAAAGUGUCUGCAAGCAUCAAAGAAUUAUAUAUCCAAACCAGUUUUCAGAAAAUGUUACAAAAAAGAUAUAUAUAUAUAUGUGGACUAAAUCUAGAGAACCCAUUCAUUGUCUUAUUUUUAAUGUGAAAUGAUAUUCUAUAUAAAAUCCAUAACACUGCUGUAUUUACAUGUGAUGUAUGUUGAAACAGUGCAUAUUUUAUGUAUGGACAGAGAAAAUUAACUCCAUAUAAAAACUUUUUUGUAAACAAA